AAAAUCAUCUGGUUUUCUUGUUCACAAUUUUAUAAAACAUUUCUUCACCAAAAAAAAAAAAUGUAUAAAACAUUUGAAGGAGAAGGAGGAGGGAUGGGAAACAGCACCACCACCACCAAAACAACAACCGCACAAUCGGUGCCGGACAUGAUGGCUGCGAUCAGAUUCCAUCCCACUGAAAAGGAAAUGGCAGACUUCUUGGGGAAGAAGAUGAGAAGUCACAAAUCCCAAGCCUGCCACUUCCUCCCUGUCAUUGAUGUCUAUAAGUCCGAGCCUCGGGAAUUGCCUGAACUCAUGUUCUCUGAUUCUCCCUUUCAAGCUAAGGCGUGGUUCUCCUUCAGCCUGUGUGAUUACAAAUACACAAAUAGUCUUCGCCGCAACAGAGUCACAGAGCAUGGCUUCUGGAAGAUCACAGGCAAGCCGCGGGAUAUCAGCUCGAAAUACUUCACUUGCAAAAGGAGGAUAUUAACCUUCCAAAGCAAGACCUUCGAAGAAGGUGGGGCGUCUAAAUCCGUUAGGACUGGCUGGAUCAUACACGAGUACUAUUGCUCUAAACCUAAGCAGGGUUCUAGUCCCUGUCAGGAGAGGGAUGUGAAGAGGGACUAUGUUCUCUGCCUCCUGAAGUAUAAGCCAGUUGAUUCUAAGUCUGAUAAAAAGAAGCCUGAGGGUACAUCGGUCUGUGAUGAUUUAGCUGAUCCCGGUAAUUGUGGCUACAUUGCCUCUAGUCCCGGAGAUGAUCACACCACUUCUGCUGCUGCAAUGAUUCAUAUGACUCCAGAUUCAGAAGAAGGUUUGGCAUAUAAAGAGCUAGAAGAUGAUCUACUUGGCAAUGGAAAUCAUGACCAUGGUGAACCUCUUGGCAGUGUCUCAUCUGAUUUAAUUGAUCAAGCUCUAAGUGCCAUGAUUCAUGAGUGGCAGUCAUAUGCUCUGCUAGGAAGAUAUCUGGAUUCACCCUUUCCUCCUCCCGAGGCACCUCAGCUGCAUCAACCAUCUCACCUUGGAAAUGCUCCUGGUAUCUAUAGUCAUGAAUUACUUGAUCCUGGUACUGGUGGCUGCAUCACCUAUAAUACUAAUAACCAAGCUGCUGCCAUGAAUCAUAUGAUUCCAGUCACUGAAGAAAUUCUGGCACACAAACAGCCAGAUAGUUCUGUGCUUGGCAGUGGCGAUGAUGAUGGUGGUGAACUUGGUAGCGGCAUUUCAUCUGAUUUUAAUGAUCCAGCUGUAGAUGAUAUGAUUCUUUACUGUUGUUCUCAGCUAGGAAAAGAAUUGGAUUCACCCUUAUCUUCUCCCGAGCCACCUCAGCCACCUCAGCCACAUCAGCCACACCAGCUGGGAAAUGUUCUGGACAUCCAUAGUAGCAAAUUCAGUCACUGGGCAUCUCCAAUUGGGGAUAAUGAUUCUUAUGUUGCUAAUACGAAUAACAUUGCAACCAAUUAUGACAACGAACCAGUUAUGAACAUCGCUUAUAAUUCUAAAAAUCAUGCUACAAACGAAUGGAUUUCAGAGGUGAGAAUGAAUUUUUAUUAUAUGAACUUAAUAUGGUGCAUCAGAAGUACACUAAACUUUACACUUAAGCAUGAUUCUUCAUCCAGGUUUAUUCUCAGGCAGAAGAAAAUUGGGGAUCAACCUUUCAGCCGUUUGAUCAGCUACAGAAAUACGCAUUACAGUCACCAAUAUUGUUCUCAAAACCGGGAGAGCUUCUGCAUGCCAAUAACUAUAUUGGAUGCAACGAGUUGCAAUCUUUAGCUAUGGAGAUUGCAACUCCUUCUCCACAAAGUUCUUGAAUAACAGAGGCAUCGUACACUCUUUCGAAUGCCUCCAACCUAUGAGAGUCAUUGGGAUGGGUGUGCGAUGAGGGCAGUGGAGUAAACCAGUUAUACUAACGCUGAAUUACUCCACGGAUACGCAUUAGAUUAUUCUGCAUUAGCUAUUGGAGAAACACUCCAAUAUCGUUAAUGAACAACGGUACUCUUAUUUGUAGGAGAAUAUCUAGAGGGCCUUGUAAGAAUGUGUCUCCAACUCACAUUAUUACACGGUGAUAUUCUUCUACAGGUAAUUCAAAAACACUCACAGUUAUCUAUAUUUCUGCAACCAGAAGUUUCGGACACUUAUUCGUAGGUACAGACACUUAUGUCCAGGAAAAGCAACACAAGUAGUCUUUGACACAGCAUUGGUUUUGGACAAUUAUGUCCAAAUCUUUGUUGUGUGUCACAGAAUCCCCAAGUCUUGUAUACUUCAACCUUGUUAGGUGAACUUUUGUUGGUACAAAGGCACACCAGGAAAUGCAAGCAGUUGAAAUGCUAUCUGGAACUCUACCCUUCUCAGAACGCGAUGAGUCCAGAUAAAGUAACAAUGUCUUUUCUCACAAGCAUUAUUUGAAGACGGUACUUCCUCUAUCAACACAACUACAUGUAUUACUCAGACGAGCAGCUCUCUAUCCUACAAGUCAAACAACACACAACCGCAAUAUCCACCAACAUCUUUCCCUGUCUACCCACAUGGAGAUGCUCCAAGAAGAAUCCGAAUGCAGGGCUGUGUCACGAAACAAGGUCAGUGAAGCUGCAGCUGGCGCAUUGUAUUGCUUUCUGCUCAUACCGUUUGAAGCAGGCAUGUAAUGUGCAACGAAUUGAAGGGUUCUUUCAAUUUCUUGGAAGCAUCUCCUUUAAGCGAUAAAUCAAGUCGUCCAUGGUAACAACAUUCCAAUUCCAACCAAGUCCUAUGAUUUUCAAUCAAAGGCGGAUUUGCAUUGUUCCUCAUUCACUGUACAGGAGCUGCUGCUACAUGCUGCUGGAGACUCAACUGAUAUAUUAACAUAACCAGACACUAAUGUGAUGUCAUGGUUAUGAAAAUUGAAACUUUGAGUUCCAUCCUUGAUGGAGUACUAGUUCCAGUUGUUUUUUUUUCUCUUUAUGUAUGAUUAAAAUUGAAGGUCUAAACUCAUCAAUGACCUAUCUUAAGUGUGAAACACCAAAACUUGUAUCCUUGUUAAUAUGUUUUUAUUAUUAUGUCAUUGAGAAUGUUGUAUUGAAAGGAAAA